AUGCCUAAACACUACUGUGAUUACUGUGACGUGUUUUUGACCCAUGACUCUGCUUCUGUCAGGAAGGCACAUAAUAGCGGAAGGAAUCAUCUCGCCAAUGUUCGGGACUAUUACGCAUCACUCGGCCAUGACAAAGCGCAAAAUAUCAUUGACCAGAUCACGGCAGCGUAUGAGUCUAGCGGUGGACCACCUCCCGGAGGGUUCGGAUUCGGACCUCAGCACUUAGGGGCCAACCCUGGGCCGUUCGGUGGGCCGCCUAUGGGCUUUGGUGGCCCACCAAUGGGCUUCGGAGGACCUCGACCGCCAUUUCCUCCUGGACCGUUCCCUCCUGGCAUGCCUAUGCCCCCUUUCCCCCCAGGUGGCAUGCCACCUCCAGGCAUGGCACCGCCGUUCCCUCCUGGUGGACCCGCCGGUCCCUUGCCUCCCUUCCCGCCCUCUAACCUUGCACCCGGCCAGGGACCUCCAGCCAUCAAUGCGCCUCCUGGCGGUGCACCGGGCGGCGGACAGCCGAAUGCCCCUGCAUCUCCUCCGGGACCCGGUGGUAUCCAUCCAGACAGAUUGCGGAUGAUGCAGACCCGGUAA